AUGUUCAGCAAUUCUACCUCAUUGAACGGCAAAUUCAGUCCUUUGCUCACAGGACACGAACAGUCCGAUGAAGACCAGCUCACAUUCGACGAAGGCAUGCUGUAUUCAACUCUGAUACAAUUCUGGAAAACGACCGAAAUCUCAUCAUACAGUUCCCUCAUUACCGAGCGCAUGAAAAAGCAACGCAAUUAUAGCGAUGCUCCGAUAACCCUGGAAAGUUCUGAAAACCAAGUGCUGGGUGCUUGGGGCCUGGCAUCCAUCACAGCUGCAGAGGUGAACUAUCCUGAGUUAGACAAUACGUCUUCAUGGCUGCAGAUGGCUGCACGUAUGGGAAAAGUUUUAUCAAGUCAGAGUUGGGAUGCUAAUGCCUGCGAAGGUGGCCUUCGCUGGGAUAGGGAUUUGUACCAGAAAGAUGCCCUAUCGAACGGACUGUUUUUCCAGCUUGCCGCACGAUUAGCACAUGCCACUGGCGGGAAUCGUUAUGAAAAGAAAGAGCAGAAGGUUGCUUCAGAGUACAAUAGAAAGAUUCUUCAUCGAAAAGUCAUGACCGAGUUCGGCCCAUGGGGCUCCUAUGGAACCGAUGAAACAAUAGACAACACGAUGAAGAGUAUGGUAGGACUGCUUUCGUCUUCGCUUGCCGCUGUCGCCAAUCUGUUACCGGAAACCGCUGAACAAAUCGCGCCACGUCUCAGACCAACCGCGAUUGCUGCUGCGAAACAAUGUAGCGGGACAGCCAACGGGACAGUAUGUGGAUCGGAAUGGACCAAGCCAACAUAUGACGGUAACCCCGGCCUAGGAAGCUCCAUGGGUGCGGUCAAUCUCUUCGUAUCCAUUUUGAUGCUCCCGGAAGACCAGGAAAAGAAAUUGUCAGACAGGGAGAUUGCGGGCAUUGCAGUAGGCUCAGGUGCUGGUGUUGCUUUAAUCGCUACCGCCAUUUUUCUCAUCGUGCGUCGACGGAGAAACUGCAAGAAAAGAACUGUGUCUGAUUCGGAGUAUUCGCCAUGCCACUCUGCUCGGAGCGAGGAUGUGUCGGGGGUCACUAACUGCUCUCAUGAUGUUAUCGAGAGGGCCCCAGAUGACACAUCGGAGCUACCUGCAAGUAAGGACGGUAGUAUGGCGAGGCAUGAACUAGACGCCAUUGGCAGAGCUAUCGGAUGA